AUGGAUAAACGCAAUGCUCGCGUAUUGGACGACAAAACCCACUAUCCAAGCAGCAAACCGGGAAUUUGUCGGGGAAGCACCUUUUUCUACAUGACCGACAGCGCCUGGGCUCUGCGAGAUGACAGCCCUGACUAUUACCGCUACACUGGCGGACGUUGGGUGUUCAAUGAGGCUGAACAGCUAGCUGCCCGCCGUGUUGAAUUCAACCUUGACGCAUUAGUAGCAGUUGCCAUCAAGUCUUUGGGCCAAGAGCAUAUAUCAUGCUCCAAAGUUGAAAAGCUCCCUGAAGGGAAUUUCAAUAAGAGUCUUCUCUUGACUAUGACUGACGGGUCUCAACUCGUGGCUCGAGUUCCUAAUCCAAAUUCUGGCCUUCCUCACUACACAACGGCAAGUGAAGUUGCCACUAUGGACUUUGCCAGAAGCGAACUUGACAUUCCAGUUCCUAAAGUUCUCGCUUGGCACUCGCGUGCAGCUGAAAAUCAGGUUGGAGCAGAGUACAUUAUCAUGGAAAAGGCAGCAGGUUCUUGCCUUUCGAAUGUAUGGCCAACCCUAAAUAAUCAACAAAAAAGAGAUAUAAUUCAAGCUGUUGUCAAGUUUGAGAUUAAAUUUUUAAGUAACCCUUUUGGUGGCAUUGGUUCUUUGUAUUAUCCAAAUGAUGUUCCAAAGGGGACAAAGGUUAUACCAGCUGCUAGUCUUAACAAGGCGUACAGUCGCUGGAUCCUUGGACCAACAACAGAUCGUCGUUUUUUUGAUGACGAUAAAGGGGAGCUUUCACUUGAUCGGGGUCCUUGGAGAACAGCACAUGAGUAUGUAGAGGGAGUGUGUCGUCGAGAGAUGGAAGCUAUCCAGGAUCCAAAACAGGUUCUUAGACCAGAAGGUAUAGUAGGCCCGGGUGGAUAUCAGCCUGAUCGCGCUCUCAAGCUUUCAGUGUGCCACGACUUUCUUAAGGUGGCUAGCCAUCUUCUGCCUCUGGAAGCCUGUCAAAUAUCUGUUUUAUGGCACCAUGACCUUCAUUUGGGCAAUAUUUUUGUGGACCCUGAGAACCCUACCAAAAUUGUGGGCUUGAUUGACUGGCAAAGUGUCCAUGUUGCACCUUUAUUUUAUCAAGCCACUCAUCCUUCUUUUCUGAACUACAUAGGGCCAAUCCCAAAAGGUCUGAAGGUUUCACUUCCAGACAACUUCGAUGAACUAAACGAAGAGGCUAAAAAUAAAGCAAAGAAAUUGCUAGUUGAACAGAGCCUCUACAAGUUCUAUGAUGCUUACUCGGCUUUGCUUAAUAAACGUGUAUACCAAGCACUAGGGUAUCAACAGACACUUCAGGGACAGAUUGUUGCUCUCAUAGGUACAAUACUUCUUGACGCAGAGCCAGCUGUGCAGGCCCUCCUGAUGGAACUUGCUACCAAAUGGAACCAGACCAACAGCCUCGCGGGAAUACCAUGCCCUUUGGAAUACUCAAACGAGGCUGUUGAGCGCAACCGAAAGUUAGAGAUGAAGUGGGCGGAAGGGAUUCUCCUUAUGGAUGAUGUACUAGAGUCCCUAGGUGGAGCUGAACGUGGAUGGAAAGGCUAUGCGAGCCAUGCAGAGUACGAGCUACUCAAGCAAAAGCUCUCCCUUGUUCGUGAACAGUUUGUUGAGUAUUGGGCUGGUCAGGAUAAAGAGGCGGGUCGGGAAUGGGAGAGUGCUUGGCCAUUCAAAUAA